AUGUCCACCACUCGCAACAUCGCCUCCUCCACCUUUCCCGCCAUUGGCUUUGGCGCUAUGGGCAUCUCAGCCUUCUAUGGUGCUGUAGAGCCUGACGAAGAGCGCUUCAAGGUCCUUGACGCAGCCCACGCCUCUGGCAGCACCUUUUGGGACACCGCCGACAUCUAUGCCGACUCGGAAGAGCUUCUUGGCAAAUGGUUCAAGCGCACAGGAAAGCGCGCUGACAUCUUCCUUGCGACCAAGUUUGGCUUCGUCCUCGAAGACUCAACGGUCAAUGGCACGCCCGAGUAUGUGCGCAAGUCGGCAGAGUCCAGUUUGAAGCGCCUUGAGGUCGACUAUAUCGACCUCUACUAUAUGCACCGGGCUGAUCCCAAGACUCCUAUUGAAGUCAGUGUCCGUGCCAUGGCAGAGCUUGUUAAGGAAGGCAAGGUCAAAUAUCUUGGCCUCUCUGAAGUCUCCGCGUCAACUCUUCGUCGUGCCCACGCUGUCCAUCCUAUUUCUGCCCUUCAAGUCGAAUAUUCCCCUUUUACUCUCGAUAUCGAGGACCCAAAGAUCGAUUUGCUUCGGACUGCGCGUGAACUGGGUGUCAAGAUCGUGGCUUACUCGCCUCUGGGUCGCGGACUGUUAACGGGACAAUACCGCUCUCCGGAUGACUUUGCGGCAGACGACUUCCGUCGAUUUGUCCCGCGCUACAGCGCCGCCAACUUCCCCAACAUCCUCCACAUCGCCGACUCGCUUAAAGUGAUUGGCGCAAAAUACGAGACCGCCUCAGGCAAGCCCGCCACAGCUGGUCAAGUAGCUCUCGCGUGGGUGCUUGGGCAAGGUAAUGAUGUCAUUGCAAUCCCCGGCACGAAGAAGAUCAAGUACCUUCUCGAAAACAUUUCAGCAGGCGAAAUCACGCUUACCCCCGAAGAUAUGGCUGCAGUGCGCGAAUUGGCCGUCAAGGCUGAUGCGGAAGGUCAGAAAGCUGGACCACGGUACCCCGAGGCAAUGUGGGCGCAGAUGUUUGUAGAGACCCCAGUGGAUGUGUAG